AUGGAGGCCAGCCACGCGGGCCUGGCCACCACCUUCAAGGACCUGGAGGGCCUCUCCGGCGACCUGGCCAGCCAGUUGCUCGCCAACGAGCUGACCAGUGACGUGGUCCUCUGCGUGCAGGGGGAGCGCAUGUGUGCCCACAGGGCGCUGCUGGCGGCUCGCUCGCCCGUCUUCCACGCCAUGUUCUUCGGCGCGAUGCGGGAGAGCACGGCCGGGGAGGUCGAGGUGAACACCUUCGCCCCCGCGACGAUGCGAUUGUUGCUACGGUUCAUCUACAGCGGCUUGCUCGAGGAUGUGAAGCUCACGGAGAUGGUCCCUCUCAUGGCCUGCGCAGACCACUAUGGCAUGGGAGCGCUCGCCAGCAGCAUUUCCGAGCACCUGCAGGACGCGAUCUCGCCUGAGACGGCAUGCGCUGUUUUGGCCUUGGCCCAGACUUACAAGCAGGAUUCCAUUGUCGACAGAUACCUCGCCUUCAUCCUCACGCACGCCCAGCAGGUGAUGAAGACGGAUGGUUCCCUCGACCUGGACGUGUCUGUCUGGGUCAAGGUGCUUGAGGCGGACGACGCCAGGAUAGACGAGAUCGACCUCUUCAAGGCGCUGGUCCGGUGGCACAGGCACUGGGUCAAGGAGUCGGAAGCCCGCGCCGUCGAGAGGCGGGGCGAGCCGGUCGAGGAGGCCGACCCCCCAGGCCUGCCCAGCGCCUCCCGGCCCGAGGGGCUCUUCGGCAGCAUCCGAUACGGGCAGAUGACGGGCAAGCAGCUCGUGGAGGAGGUGAAGCCCCUGGUGGGCAGCAUCGUGCCGCACGAGAAGUACGUGCAGGCGCUGGAGCUGAUCCCGAAGAAGAUUGCGUGCCUCGACGAGGCUUGCAAGAGGCAGUGCACGAGGAGGCGCCCCCCCAUCGGCACGACCCAGGUGAGCGACCCCUCCUUCCUGGCGGUGCACAGCACCACCAUCCAGAAGGUCGGGGGCGCAGGCUGGAACUGCACGGCGGUGGUGGAGCCGUCCACCCAGUGCACCCGCCUGUUCGUCAACCAGCUCGCGGAUCCCCAGAACGGUAUUGGGGUGGCCAUCUUCGACCCUGAGCGCAUCGCUCUCCGUGGCAGCUCCAGCGGGUUCCCGAACCCCAACCAGUGGGGGGCCGAUGGCUUGAUCGGCCUCUAUGGCACUGGGGUUUUCUUCGGCAUCCUGACGGAGCAGCCUGUCAGAUGGCACUCAGGCCUCAUGGUCGAGGUCUUGAUGGAAAGCUGCAGGGACGGCAACCUGAAGGUGACCUUCAGGACGGAAGGCUCGGAGGGCCAGCGCACGAAGGCGGAGGGCAAGAUCAUCGCGCCCCCGACGGCGAAAUUGGCCAUCUGCGAGUCGGGGACUCGUCCAUCGCCACCGUCUGAGGGAUCGAUCUUCGGGGACCCCAGCAGGCGGUGGAUGUGGGGGCAUACAGUCCAGCUCUGGGGGGGGGGGCACAUACAUCCAUAUCACCCGCGUGCCGAUGCUUCCGAAGAUCGACCCCCCAGGCGGUGGUCACGAGUAACUCCCCGCCUCGCGCCAUUGCGCUCUACUCCCCAGGGGACUCGGUGGCAGUCGAGUUCUGCUGGCCCGAGGAUGUCCCGGCCGCCGUGGAGAGCGACGCGUGCCGUCGCCCCGCGGCUCCUGUGCCCCCCCCCGCCUCGGAGGGCGACGCGAGCGUCUAGCCGCGGCGGCGCUGGCCUCGUCGGCGCCGCCCCGGGUCGCGCCCCAUCCCAGCGGCCGCGUGCAGGGGCGACGUCAGGGUGGGGGGCGCGUCGACUUGCGCGUCGAUCCCCAAUCGCCGGUUCAUCACCGACAGGGGCCCGAUGUAGCCCACCCUGCCCAGCAGCGCUCGGAUUCACUACGGCGGGGGGCCCAUCGCCCAGCUAUGGCGGCGCUGCAUCGCCGAUGCGGGCGCGAUGGUCCCCACGCCUCCCCCUGAGCCGGCCGGCCCCCUCGCCGUUGCCAUGCAGUCUGUUGCGGGGGGGCCGAGUGCCCCUGAAUUGA